AUGGACGAAGAUGGCGAUGAGCGCGUAACAGACCAAAGCGCCAUGGCCAUGUGGGAGUCGUUUGAGCUUUCCGGGCUGCGGCCGUGUAAUAUCCGGAGCUUGACGCCCGAGACUGAGGCAUACCUUGCCAACCCGCUGCACUUGUUUACCAGUACCAAGCAUUACCAGUCCUACUCGGACAACCUGUAUGCCCAGCUCCCACAUGUUAUGGGCCCGUACAUGGUGCCUGCGCCCAACGCGUAUCCGCUUAUGCCCCCUCGCGCGUUUGCCCAACUUGCAUCACUGCUGAACUUGCCGCCCGGCGUGCUGCUCCCGCGCCGCCGUAUCGACGUUUGUAAAGAGCUCGGCAUUGAGCGACCUCCUCGUGAAGUUGUGCUAGUGGCCGACAGUACUGCGUAUGAUCCAGAGGACAUUACAUACAGCCAUUAUGAGGAGGAAGUUAAGAAAAAACGCAAGCCUAUUGGGGUAGAGAAUGAAGACAGUCUGCAACAGUCUCGACCACGCAAGAGAGCAAAAGUGUGCACAGUUGCGCGACCCCAGUUUUUAAAAUCCUAUGCAUCAGUUUAUAACGCUGAGCUCGUUGAGUUUUUAACGGGAGUUUCGGGUCCCUCGGAGCUCCAGCCUAGUAUGGUUUCGGCAACAAAGAGUGCUCCUGUGACAAGUACGUCCUACGGAACUCUAUGGACUAGCGAGGAAAAGGAAAAGUUUUUUGUAUUUCUUGGGCGCCGGUCGCGGCAUGAUAUGGCUGGGAUUGCCGAGGCUAUAGGCACCAAGACUGCUCUGGAGUGCGAGAUAUACCAUAAUUUAUUAUUUCGUGAGGCUCAGAAACUACGCGGAGACCGUGUAGAGGGGAAUGUGAAUAGCAUUUCUUUGGGAGAGAUUCCGGCAGCUGCAGAGAUGAGUGAACUGUGGAUCGAGAUUGAACAGGCGCAGGCGCAGGCUCUCGAUGACUGGACCAACCAUUUAGAAAGCGGGUGUUUGGAGCAUGACAAGACCGACGACAAGAGUGUUUACUACAACCCCCAGGUCUCAAUUAUGGGCGCUCGCAAGACGGGCGUUUUAAUUGACCUUAAAAAUAACCCAUUCAAGUCUGAUCCGCCAUUGUAUGGUGAGACUGAGGAAUUUUUCGAGUCUCAAGAUCCUGCUUUUGAGCCGUACUUUGAUGAUCCUGUGAAUAAGGUUGUGCGUGCAAGCUCAGCCAUGGCUAUGGCCCACGAGUUCUGGAACAUGCCAUUGGGAGACUCUCUAAGCCGCGACUUUGCAGAACGCACUCAACUACAGUAUAUUGAAGGCGAGACAUUGGACGAGCUAAACCAGAUUGUGAUUGAUUAUACGCGGAGUCUUGUGCGCGCAAUCUAUGGGCGGAUGAUUGCGAUGCUUGCAUCCAAGUCGCGAUACCAAAAACAAAACUUAACGGUGACACGGACCAUGGUGCUAUCGAUGUUGCAGGAAAUGGACUUUACGUUGCCACGACACACGCUGCUGAAUAGUAUUCUUGCGCGGGAAAACGUAGACGUAUUGACGUCGGUGCGGAACAAGACGGUAGAGAAAUUUUGUACUUUUGUUUACAAUCCGUUUUACACGUCGUGGCAUAGCAAUCUUUUGCUGAAUCGAAGGGAUUACCAGUCUGCGUAUAGUUUAUUGCGAGAAAAAGUUCAUGGGAGUUUGCAGCGGCCGUUGGAAACAAAUGAUGUGGACGAUUCUCGGAGUGUGAUUGAUUUUAAUUCUGAUGAGGAGUCUGAAGAGAUGAAGCCUUUACAAGCGGACGAGUUUCGAGAUUUGGACGAGGACAGAGAGUACCUUUCUGAUGAGCUACUGGACUAUUCUGCACAUGCCAUUGGUAGCAAGAUGCGCAAGAAGAUUAUGAUUCGGGCAAUUCCACCUCCACGAAGCUUAGACGAGUUUACUGAAAAUGAUAUCCGAGAUAUGAUUGAUACCGUGCGAGCUCUUGAAGAGAAAAAGAUCACUCAUAGCGCAUUAUUAGAGCGCACGCUUUUGGCCCAAAACUGUGGCCGGAUGCCUGGAGAAAACGAUAGCGAUACCGAGGCCCAUUCCACAGACGAGUCCGAGAGCGAGAAUGAUAACGAAAACGAAAGCGAGCUUGAGAAUUCUCGGGUUCCAGUUGGAUGUGAUGCUGAGGGACAUUUGCUAUCUAUUGGUAUUGAUGCAUUACUUGCGUACGAAGAGCAAGUGCUUGAUAGCCUAGACAAGUCGGUGAGCGAGCGAGAGGAAGAACGGCUUUUGCAGAGAUUGGAGUUGGAAGAGCCUAGUGUCAGGGCCGUUUACAGGCAACUUGGGGAGUGGUUUAUGGCGGACGGCAUACCGCGGAUAGCCGAGACAGUACGCGAACUUAUGCAGAAGCCGGAGUACGCCGAUGAAGAUAUGACUGACUGUUCGUAUAAGGGCCGGCGGUCAGCUGGGCGACUAGAGCGUGAGCGACUGGAUCGAGUUUUUUCUACUCGGUGGGCAUUUGACGAGGAGCUGCUGAGUGGAGUUGAUGACGAAUAUCUGUUUGAGGCGCGGUUGCUUGUGACGCAGAUUAUGUAUGUGCAUGCGUUGGAGCGGUCGAGGCUGGUAAGGCAACUUCAAGAGAAGCUAGAGCGGAAAGCUUCGGCAAAGCAUGCGAGUAAGUGUCGGAUGAAGCAUUUGGAGGAUGUGAUUGAGGAGCUUGCGAAGUGCUUGGCUCCGAUGACCGAGGUUGAAAGUGAAGAGGAAGAGGAAGAGGAAGAAGAGGAAGAAGAUGAAGAAGAUGAAGAAGAUGAAGAAGAUGAAGAAGAUCCGGGAGAAGGACGCAACGACAAGAAGCGAUGGGGUGUUGCACGGAUGCUUGCGAUGGAAUACUUAUCUGCGGCACAUGCGGGAUUGGCGCGAAUGUUUCCUUUACAGGGUGGGCUUGGGAUUUAA